CUGUAUUCAUGAGAUUAUAAACAUGGCGUUUUACCUCUCUUCUUAGUCCUCUAUCUUUCUCUGCUUCUUGUUGCAUUCUUGUUCUUGCGUAGUAACACGAUCAUUCAUAUAUUCAUAUUCAUCUACGAAGUUUUUCGAUUGUGUCAGUUGUGUGUUUUGUUGAUUAUUGUGUGUAGUUUUUUCAUUUUGAUCUUGCUGCAUAAAGAAAGGGCCUAUGAUGGAUUCAAAUUAGCUGACAUCGUUUGAGAAACCCAAUGAUGACGAACUUCUUACAAUAAUAUAUUCUGAGGCCUAUAGUUUUUUUUGUUUUUCCUUAUAAAAUCAUAUUCGUAUUUGAGAAGGCUUUGUGUUCAUAAUCUUUUUUGCUUACAAUAUUUCCAUUGUACAUGUUUAAUUGCAUUUACUUAUAUGAAUUAUGGAUUAAUCAAAGACUGGUAAGUACGUUUAAUUUUUUUUUGUAGUGGGAGACUCAAACCGGAUUUCUCUAAUUCGAAUCCGGUUAAGUGUCGUCGUAUAGUGGACUUGGACAGAGACAGAGAAGACCUAGGGUUUGUUUUGUCGUGUGUCUGGGAAUUGUGGUCUCUCUUUGGCUUGAGCAUGAAGCAUCUUCUCCGACAACAAUUCAGUAAUUUCUUCUGGAUCCUUCCUUGCAGACGUUCCUUCGUUCAUUUCCCCAAAACCAUUCCUUCGCCGGAGCUCAUUAAUGACACUCUCAAGCGUCGGAUCCAGAGAGUCCAAGAUUCGUCAGUCUCCAUCACUCCGUUGCUCCGAGAAUGGUGCCAACGCGGAAAUCAAACGGGACUUUCAAAACUCAGGAGCAUCAUUACCUCUCUUCACAGAUCCAAUCGCUUCUCUCACGCUCUCCAGGUAUCGGAUUGGAUGAUUGAACAAAAAGCCUAUAAGCUGAGUUCAAUGGAUUUUGAGCGACGACUUUUCUUGGCUGCUAAAGUUGGUGGUGUGGAAGAAGCGGCUAAGUUCUUCGAGACUGUUCCUGUAGAAAAGAGAGAUAUUUAUUUGUACAACGCUCUCUUGAGCUGCUGCAAAACACACAGCUCUUUGGGCAUAGCUGAGACUACUUUUCAGAAGAUGAGAUAACUUGGUUUUGCUGAUAACAAUCCUCAAUUCUAUAGCACCAUGCUCUGUCUCUACCAUCAGGCUGAAGAUCACGACAUGGUGGUGAAGCUUCUUGGCGAGAUGGACGAGAAAAAGAUGCAACCCCAAGGACUAUGCUUUGUCAAGCUCUUGACUUCUUACUCUAUGGCAUCUGUUGUAGAUGUACAAGGUGUGGAGAAGUUUUUGAGCAAGUGGGAGGUGAUGAUUCAGGACAAAUGGACCACAUUCUACUUUCCAGGAUUGGUCUACAUACGAGCAGGAUUUAUGGAAAAGGGUUUAGCUUUGCUUCGUAGGUCAGAGACAUUUGUUGAUGACGGCUGUAGAGAAAUCAUAUAUGGAUGUCUCAUGACUGUUUAUUGUAACGAGAAUCUAACAGAGGAUGUUUACCGUCUCUGGAACUUGGCUAAGGACUAUGGGAUAUCCUUUGACAGUUCCAGAUGUUCUGAUAUCGUCAAGGCGUUUACGAAGAAGGGUGAUCUCGAUGGGGUUAUGGAAGAGUGGAAUGAGUGUCCCAAUCUUGAUCUGAUGGACUUUGGUCUCCAACAUAGAUGCGUGAAGGAGGAGGCUGAGAAGGUUGUUGAUAUGCUUGGGAAGAAGGAGAGCAAAUGGGAGAGUUUGGCUCACAAGGUUAAUACUUUGGUGGAGGAUGAAGAUGCUAAAGAAGAGGAGAGGAGGAAGAGAGUGGCAGAGGCCAUGGAAGGGAGGCUGCAUGACCGCUGGAACCCAAAGAACAGCAUGGCUCUCUCCGCUUUUGCCUGCGUGCAAUAUGUGGAGGGUCGGAGAGACAUGGAGAGUACAGCCGACAUUCUGAGACUUCUGAAUAAGCGAGAGCAAGUGUCGCAUGCAAUGGACAAAAACCGAUUGAGCCUGAAGAUGGUGGAGGCAAUGAGAGGAGGAGGAUACGUUGGUGGAGAUGAUUAACAUAUCAAUUACAAUUUUAGUUACUCUGUUUGUUAUCUAGUUUAGCAUUAAUCUAUUAGGCGUUUCUGAGGAAACACAUUACACAUCAAUGAUAGCUUCACAUUGGUUGGUGGAGAGACUAAAGUAUAAAAUCAAUUUGUAACUCUCAUUGCUAUAUAGUUAACAUUAAUCUAUUAUUAGUUAACUC